AUGGACAGAGAAUUAUGGAAUCAUCUUGGUGUUUAUCCAGUUGAUCAAAAGUUGAUAAUCAAUUUGAAUAUUUUUUCAGUAUUCAAGCUAAUCUUUGUCAUACACUUAAUAAUAGUCUAUUUCAUAUUUUAUUAUUAUUUUAAAAUUGUCUAUUUUCUAGUGAUUAACUUUCAUUCCUUAUUGAAUUCCAAUUUAUUUGAUUUAGGUUUUCUCAAUUCAAAUUUAAAUAAUAUCAAUGAUGAAAAUGAUAGAAAUGAUAAUAAUAGUUAUCACAUUAAUUUACCCGAUUUGAUUGUCCAAUUUAAAAAUGAUCUCAACUCAUUCAUAAUAAAUCUAUUUUAUUUCAAAAACUAUAAAAUAAAUUAUAAAUUUUGGUACCAUUUCUUGGAUUUAUUUCAAUAUUUAAUAAAUAUAAAAUUAAAUUUUUUCAUCACUGGGGAUACAAUUGAUUUAGACAACAAUUCCAUCAUAUUAUCAAAUCAUAAAUCUCUAUUAGAUUAUUUAAUUUUCCCUUAUUUAUCAAACUAUUUUAUAAAACUUUAUAAUAAAAAUAAUAAAAAUGGUAAGGAUAAAGAAGAUAGUAAAAUAUUCAUAAAUUUAAAUUUCUUAACUUGGGCUUUAAUUUGGCAGUUUCCUUCUUUAAAAUUGUUUUUAAACUUAUUUAAUUUGAAUGAAAACUGGUUACUAAAUAAUGACGAUUUAACUUAUUUAUUUGAAAAGAAAAACUUAUUACAAUCUUUUUCUAAUCAUACUCAUGAUGAUGAAAAGAAUACAAAUACAAAUAAAAAUAAAAAUAAAAAUAUAAAUAUAAAUUGGCUAAUAUUAUACCCUGAAGUUAAUAUUUUCACCUUAAAGAAUUUAAAAAUACAAAACAAUAAUUCAGUUACUUACAAAUUCUUAUCAAAUUUGUUAUAUCCAAGAUUUUCUUUUUUGUAUCCAUUUUUCAAUUACUUGGAUGAUUUAAAUAUAAAUAAUAAAAAAUUUAUAAAUUUGAAUGAUUUCAAUAGCUUUAAUAAUUAUAAUCGAAUUUAUGAUAUCUCAAUCAUUUACUAUAUAAUCGGAAAUAAUAAUCAUAGUCAUAAUCAUAAUCAUAAUCAUGAUGGCGAGAAUGACUUGAAUUUUAAUUUCAAUCCACCUACAAUAUUGCAAUUAUUAUUAUCAAAUAACAUAAAAUCUUUAAACAUCAGAAUUAAUAUCAAUUCAAUUCAGUACCCUAAAUUAAGACAUUUGAAAAAAAAGAAAAACUUUGAAAAAUGGUUUGAAAGUUAUUGGUUUAAAAAGGAUAAAUCAAUAAAUUUAAUAAUGAAAAAUAUUAUUAAUACUAAUGUUAUUAAUAAAAAACAUUCAAAGUCAAAACAAAACAAAGUAAAGUAA